AUGAAGGAUGCGUCUCAAGUUUGUGUGCACCUACUCAACCCGUUGGUAAUAGGAUUGAGCUGCAAAGAACUGAGCUCCGCCCACUUCGACGACGUCAUGAGUAGCGUGCGAAUUCUCUUGGACUUGGUGGAACAGCUCCGUUAUGAGUCCGAUGAUCGGCUUCAGCAACAGCAACUCGGGCUCGGACGAAUGGGUAAUCGGCGAGUGUCAAUGAGCAGUACGAAUCUUCCUCGGGUAAUGAUCAGUGCCGCACGUCCGUCUUUCUCUAAUGAUUCGAGUUUUCAUGAAAACUCUAAUGUGUUUGUCUCCGUGCAAGCAUGCACGCCGCUGUCAGCCGACGGUCGACUAGAAGAUCGAGGUCGACGAGAAUCGAGAGACAGUCGAGGAUCUCUCGAAAGCGACAUGAGCAUUCGUAUCGGUAACAGCUCAGAUGUGUCGGAAGACUCCUGUCACAGCGCUGUGUCGCAAACAGCUCGAGGGCGACGACAAUCAUGGCUAGAGUGCUAUGCGCAUUCGAUGUCACUUGAACAAGGUGCCUCCUUUGGUGACACGAAGGACGCACUCGGUCUGAAACGAGGUGGUGGCCGCUGCUCGGAACGAAGGGCUCGAACAGAUCGCCGAAUCAGAUGGAUCCUGACAUUCGACAGGUGCCCGCUCGACCGAAUAGUUUCACGAAUCUCGGCCAUAAUCUGGUGCUCACCUACCGUACGCUUUGGAACAAAGACCAUUGAAUGCGGAACAUUCCUGUAG